AUGGCGAGCUUUCUUGGGGGCCUCGCCCGGGAGGGUGCUUAUUUCAAACGCGAGCAGGAAGCGGAGCUCCACAACUUCAUGAAAAAGCUCGUGAGGCAGGGCGUCAUCAAACAAGGCCCUGGUGGGGACUUCUUACCUCCGAGGGAACAGACAAUGGGAAGCAGUGAGAAGAGCGUCACGGUAUUGCGCACGUCGACGACAGCGACAUUUUGUGGCUGCGACAAUCUGUUGCGGCCGUCACCAGUGCAGAGUGGAAGCCAAAAUAGGGAGCACACAAGUAAAGUCAGAGUUCCUGCAGAACAAGCUCUCGUGAAUGCUUCCGGGUUUUGUUGA